UUCUUUAUUUUUUUCAUUUACCGCGAUUGUCCCCGUGAUAUUCCCUGAGGAAGUGACCUCAGAGGGGUUGUUAAUCUGAUCGACCAGAGCUUCUUUUAUCCCCCUUGUCUCUUGGUCAGAAGAGACCAAACCCGAAGCUAUCAUCACAUUUUCAGCUGCAACUCAUUCUUCGUGCUGCUCUGGUAAAGCAGAAAAAGAAGAAGGAACGGAAAGAAAGAAAGAUCAAGAAUAGGAAAGAAAAGGAGCUUGGUGAAAGAGGGCAAUCCCAAAAAGAGACAAGAUGGCCUCCUCAAAGACAUACACGCUCAACAACGGGGUCAAGAUACCGGCCGUCGGGUUUGGCACCUUUGCCAACGAGGGUGCCAAAGGGGAGACCUACAGGGCGGUGACCAAGGCACUUGAGGUCGGGUACCGGCACCUCGACUGCGCCUGGUUUUACCAGAACGAGGACGAGGUGGGCGACGCGCUGCACGACUUUCUGAGCAGGAACCCGAGCGUCAAGCGCGAGGACAUCUUCAUCUGCACCAAGGUGUGGAACCACCUGCACCGGCCCGAGGACGUCAAGUGGAGCUUUGAGAACUCGUGCUCCAAGCUUCGUGUGGACUACAUCGACCUCUUUCUGGUGCACUGGCCGAUCGCGGCCGAGAAGAACGACGACUAUUCGGUCAAGAUCGGGCCGGACGGCAAGUACGUCAUCCUCCGGGACCUGACCGAGAACCCGGAGCCGACGUGGCGGGCGAUGGAGGAGCUGGCCGAGAGCGGGCGGGCGCGGGCCAUCGGCGUGUCCAACUGGACCAUCGCCGGGCUGCGGCAGCUGCUCAGCUUCGCGCGCAUCAAGCCGGCCGUCAACCAGAUCGAGAUCCACCCGUUCCUGCCCAACACGGAGCUGGUCCAGUUCUGCUUCGACAACCAGAUCCUGCCGGCCGCGUACUCGCCCCUGGGGUCGCAGAACCAGGUGCCGACGACGGGAGAGACGGUGCGCGAGAACCGGACGCUCAACGAGGUGGCCGAGCGCAGCGGCCACAACCUCGCCCAGGUGCUGCUGGCCUGGGGCCUCCGCCGCGGCUACGUCGUGCUGCCCAAGAGCUCGACCCCGAGCCGCAUCGAGAGCAACUUCCAGAUUCCCGAGCUGUCUGACGAUGACUUCGAAGCCGUCGAGGAGGUCGCCCGCGGGAGGCACUGCCGCUUUGUCAAUAUGAAGGACACCUUUGGCUACGAUGUCUGGCCCGAGGAGUCCAAGUAAUCAAUCUUCAUCAUCAGCACGGUUCCAUCAUUCAUCGGCAUCAUUCUGCAUGUCCAAAACUUCGGAGAUAGGGGAUUAUGACUAAUAACUGAUGACGUGCGUAACUGGCAUUGCUGUUAGCGAGGGCGGGGUUGGA